AUGGAUGUAAUCAAACAGAAGAUGUAUGACUUUCAGGAAUUCUAUGAUUGGGCCUUCUCGGUGGCUGACAAACGUGUGGCCGACUGGCCCCUGAUGUGGGGGUACACCCCGACUCUGUUGAUUACAGCCCUCUAUUUGCUGGCCGUUUACAUAGGGCCAAAGGUCAUGGAGAAACGGCCACCGAUCAACCUGAAUUACACCUUGGUUAUAUACAACUUUUUGUGUGUUCUUAUGAAUUUGCAUAUAUGCACAGAGUUAUUUAUUUGCUCAUGGAAGCUAGGCUACAGUUAUUCUUGUCAACCAGUUAGCUACACAUAUGACCCGUAUGAAAUGAGGAUAGCAAAAGCUAUAUGGUGGUUUUAUUUUUCCAAGUGUGUGGAGAUGUUAGAUACAAUAUUCUUCAUUUUGCGGAAGAAGAACAGCCAAGUGAGCUUCUUGCAUGUCUACCACCACGCAACCAUGUUUCCAAUUUGGUAUAUUGGAGUCAAGUGGGUGGCAGGAGGGCAGUCCUUCUUUGGCGCAAUGAUAAAUUCGUUCAUCCAUGUCAUCAUGUACACCUAUUACGGAAUUUCUGCAAUGGGACCAAAAUAUCAGAAAUUUUUGUGGUGGAAGCGCUACCUUACAAGUCUUCAGCUGAUUCAGUUUGUAACGGGGAUAACCCAUGCCCUACAAUCUCUGGUUUACAACGGGUGUGGCUUCCCCGAGUGGAUGCAUUGGGCACUCAUCUUUUAUGCCUUCACAAUCUUGCUGCUAUUCCUUAACUUUUACUUCCAUGCUUAUCUUAAGUCACAGAAGAGCAAACAGUCUGGCAAAGUUGAAUCAAAUGGAACAGUAACAAGUAAACACAUCACCAAUGGAAAAUCUGCUUCUUCUCCUGGCGUGAAAUUUGUUGAAAGGGAGAAAUCUGCUGGUGAUCACAGUCAUGUGACCAAAAAACUGAACUAG